UGGUUAAAGGAGUUGAAAAGGAAGCUAGGGUUUAGCAUUGCAGAGAGAGAGAGAUGGGAGGAAAAGGAAGGAGAAGACGAGAGAAGAACUACAGAGCUGCGCAUGGAGGACACGAGAGACUCCCACCCCCACCUGAUCUCUCCAAACUCGACGCUUUACCCUCCAAACUUCGCAAGCUCAUGGCUUUCACUUCCCCGUCCACUCCACAACCUCCUCAAGGGUCUGCUAAGGCUUCGAUCGAUAAGGGAAAGAAGGGAAAGAGAGGAGAUGCUGAGGAAAAAAAACUUCAUCUGAAGGAUGAGCUUAACUAUAAAACCACUGAGAUUGAUGCAGCAGGUGAUGGUGAACAUUUCAUGACAUCCCAAGAUAUGGAAGAUAAUGAUGGAACUGUGCCUAGUAGCACACAUGAAAAAGGAAAGAGAAAAAGAAAGAGGAAGCAGGUAAAGGAUCUUCGGUUUGAAGCAGAAUUGGAGAAAGUAGCUGGUCUUGGUUCAAAGAGACGGGAGCGUAAGAAAAAAUAUUUGGAAUCAAGAAAAAAGAAACACAAAAAAGCCAAGACAGAGGAGAAUUUGGACUUUCCGAGACACGAGAAGAUCAAAUUUGGAGAAGUAGUUGAAGCUCCACCAAAGCUGGUUGCAGUCCCUAAGGCUUUUAAGGCUUUGAAGACUGUCCAAGAUGCUUCACAAGAAAGGCUUCGGUUGCAAGCUGUCGAUGCCUACAGGAAACGAAAAGGAUGGGUUUCAAGGCCAGGGAUCCAUCUUCCUCCUCCUGUGACCACUACACCGAUAUAAUCGACAACAGCCUAGUUCUUGUUCGACCCACUGAGGGCUGGAGCUGUUUCUGCCUAUAAUCAAUGAAAGAGAGAAAGGAAAAUAGCAAUUCUCCUUUACUGUAGGGAACAGUGGGCCUUAACUCCAGUUUUCUGGAAUGGUUUAGGGUUGUAAUAGCUGUAAAAGUAGAAGCAGCAAGCCUUAUUUACUUGAAAGUUUUAUGAUGAAUGAGCAAAUUGGCUUGAUUCUUUGUGACAAUUGUUUGCAUUUUAUUAGUAUUUUGGAAUGGGAAUGCAGUUUUUAAA